AUGCAGGGCUCUCUGCGGCGGCGUCCAGCGGUCAUAAUUCCACGCAGGUCGCUUAGUACAAUGCGUGAAGUACAUAAAAAGAAAGAGUUAGAGCUGCGAGAGAUGGUCAGGACACUGGACUACGAUGGAUACAUGUGCGGUCUCUUGCUACCAGUGAAGACACGUCCAUCUUUCUUUGCUAUUCGUGCUUUCAAUGCUGAGAUUGCAACUAUUAAGGACUCGGUACACAGCAACCACAUCACAGGCAAGAUCCGUCUACAAUGGUGGCGAGAACGCAUUUAUAAUCUGUAUGAAAGAUCGACCGGUACGGAGCGACCAGAGCAAUCAACGCUGUUGCUGCGAGGGCUGGACAAGGCUGUCCAGGAGCACGACUUGACUCGGCGGUGGUUCGAGCGACUACUGGACGCACGUGACCAGGAUCUAGAUCGUAAUGAGGUGCAGAACUUGCAAGAGUUGGAGGUCUACGCAGAGCAGACGGCCUCCUCACUGCUGUAUCUCACGCUAGAAUGCCUCGGUGUCCGCGACGACACGGCAGACCAAGUAGCGGAACACGCCGGUGUGGCAAUUGGUCUCGCGACACUUCUACGAGGUACGGCGUAUCACAGCGCACGACAACAGUCUUAUCUUCCUGAGGACCUCAUGAGCAAGCAUGGUGUAACCUCUGAAGACCUGCUGGCAGCCGUGGAAGACCCCAAAAAGGGUGAGAAGGUGGCGCCGGUAGUGUUUGACGUUGCUUGCCGAGCUGUCGAGCACGUCCACCAAGCUCGGUCGCUGCGGAAAGAAGUACCAAGCGCGUCGCGAAGGGCAUUCUUACCGCUGGUAAGCUCUUCGUUAUAUUUGAAAGAGCUAGAAACAGCCAACUUCAACGCCUUCGCUCCAGAGCUACAGCGACGUAGCAUGUUUCGGCUCAACUUGGAGGUGCUGAAGCACUUCUUUUUGCGCAGAUACUAG